CCCAAGCAAAUCAACGAGAUCAAGGACUUCCUGCUCACCGCGAGGAGGAAGGACGCCAAAUCCGUCAAGAUUAAGAAGUCGAAGGACGUUGUGAAGUUCAAGGUGCGUUGCUCCAAAUACCUGUACACCCUGUGCGUGAAGGACCUGGAGAAGGCCGACAAGCUAAAGCAGUCGCUGCCGCCUGGCUUGACUGUCAAGGACAUCUGAUGUCCCCACCACCAUCGGCGAGUUAGAGCAGCAGCAGCAACAGCGGGGGAGAGGUUGGCAGAUGCAUGUCUGAUUGGCGGGAUGGCGCCAUCGCGGAGGGCGGCCCGCGUAUGUACGUGACGAGUUCAGCAGUGUGCGGCAACGAGCCUGACGGGAGCCUGACGCCCCCUGCACAGACGAGACGCAGUCGCCGCAGAGACGAGAGAGACCGUUUGACCACACCCUGUACUAAAAUAUCUAAAACGAAGCACACUAAAUUCUCCGCAGGCCCGUAGCCUCGCUUGGAGCACGCGAUGGUACACGCAGCGCGCUGCGGUGCGCUGAGCUCUAGCGGUGCCGCGCCGCGGGCGCUGGGGCGGUGGCGCGUGGCGUGGCGGGGCCGC